AUGGGCUCUGUCUCUGAGCUUGCCUGCAUCUAUUUGGCUCUCAUUCUGCAUGAUGACGAGGCGACCCUAAAGGCCCUGGCCAGUGUCAACCUUGGGAGCCUCAUCUGCAACAUAGGGGUUGGUGGACCUGCUCCAGCAGCUGGUGUAGCACCAGCAGGAGGUCCUGGCCUUUCUAUCACGGCUGCCUCAGCUGAGAAGAAAGUAGGAGCAAAGAAAGAAGAAUCUGAGGAGUCUGAUGAUGACAUGGGUUUUGAUCUUUUUGAUUAA